CUCAGUAACACGUCCCCUUGGAGACUGGCAGUCCAACACGUGAUGCGUCUACUUAUCAGGUUUAGGGAGAAGAGAGAGCAGCGCUGAGAGACCAACCGAGAGAGGAUAGCGAAAUAAGUGAGACUUCUCUCCUCCCGUUUCUCAACUCUUUACCUCCAUCAUCCUCAUUGGGAGGACGGAAGAAAUAUUGAACAUAAAAAGUUAAAGAACUUAGGACAUCCUCAGAAACGCCAUUUUGAUUCCUCUCCGGAACAACUUUGCAGUUUUUUUUCUUAGUCCAUCAUCACCAUCAUCACCAUGUCUCGGCGCAAGCAGCCCAACCCCAACAAAGUCAAACUGUGAGCGGCCGCUGCUGAAACUCAUGGUUUGCGGUCGCCCUCGGCCCUGAUCGAAAAUCUUCGACCUUUUAGCCCCCCCCCCCCCCCGCCCGUUCUCCGAAUGGAAAUGGAAGGCGGAGUAGACGACAAGCAGCCGGCGGAAGGGGUCAGCGUGGAUUUGGGCGCGGAGCCUCUGGGUGUUACGGACGACCUGGCCUCGGCGCGGGAACAAGACGAACACACAGGAGAGAACGGCGAAUCGGAGGAGAAGGACGGAGAGGGCCAGGAGGACUCGGCACAGGGGGCGGACCUGUCCUCCAUCAACGCCAUGAUGUCCGCCGUCAUGAACGUGGGCCAGCUCAAUGGCGAGGCUGGGGACUCAGCCUCCUCCACGCCCACAAAGACGCCCACCAAGUCACCUUCUGGGAACCGCACGGGGAGGAAGAACCAGGAAGCCAAAGAGGUGAAUUCUGACUUCAUUUGCCCCCUCUGUGAAAAGAACUGCCUAACACAGCACCAGCUCACUAUGCAUAUCCGACAGCACAACUCCGAUAACGGAGCGACGGACCACUCCUGCAGCAUCUGCGGGAAGGCUCUCAGCUCGGCCAGCUCCCUGGACCGUCACAUGCUGGUGCACAGCGGGGAGAGGCCCUACAAGUGCUCUGUGUGCGGGCAGACCUUCACCACCAACGGCAACAUGCACAGACAUAUGAAGAUCCACGACAAGGACCCCAACACAGCCUUGCCCACCACCCCUCCCUCGCCCAGCAAGCGACGACGCCCCUCCGCCAAGAGGAAGCCCAGCCUGGAGGGCGAAGGAGAGCGGAUGGACAUGCCGCCCAGCAAGAGGGUACCGGAGGACAUCAUAGCCGAUGAGCUGGAUCCAGCCAAGGGUGAGGAGGAGCUGUUCCCCUGUCCCAUCUGCUUCAAGUCCUUCGUCUGCAAGUUGGACCUGGAUUCCCAUAUAGACACCCAUCCAGACUCCACACUCAGAUGUGACCUGUGCUGCAUCAGUUUCCGCACACACCGCAGUCUGCUGCGUCACAACGCCGCCAUCCACAAGAAGCUGCCCACCGACCCUGCCGGACAACCCUUCAUCCAGAACAACCCCUCUAUUCCCGUGGGCUUCAAUGACCUGGCCUUCAUCGACUUCUCCUGCCGGAAGUUCCCCCAUAUCGCCCAGGUUUGGUGUGAGACCAACCUUCGACGAUGCACCAGCAAGUUCCACCGGUUUGUGUGCGAGACAUGCAACAAGGCCUUCCCCUUGCAGUCGGCCCUCGAACUGCAUAUAGCCACACACAGCGACGUGGGUGCAGCUGAGGAGUCGCCCCUCCCCAUGGACAUGCCCCCUGAUAAGGGGCAGGCCGGGUUCCUGGAGUCCCUGGGCUUGCAGCACAUCUCUCGGGCGAAGAGCUCACUCAAAGAGGAAGAGGCCUUGCAGGCAGAGCUGGACAGCAUUCGGGUCAUCCACGUGGAGCCUUCCAAGUCCAACCUACCUCAGGAGGCGGGCUGCCUGGGCGGACUGGGCAUCCCCCUGCUGGACCCCGCCUCCCUCCAGGGCCUGUCCCAGAGGGGCGGCCUCAGCAUCCUGUCUCUGCAGCCCUUCCAGAAGGGCUUCAUCUUCCAGCCCGACGGCGGCGCCGUGGUCAAGCCCAUAUGCAGCGAGGGCAUGGAGUUGGCCGACAUCCAGCAGAUCCUCAAGAUGGCCUCCGCGGUCCCCGCCCAAAUCACCCUGCCGCCCCUCUCCAAGGCGCCCUGCAGCGGCACGCAAUCCAGCUACAAGCAGAUGCCCCCGCUGAAGCCAAAGCCCCUGGUGGCCCCCCGUACCAGCAUGGCCGCCUCCACGCCGCCCCCUCUCAUGAACGCCCAACAGGCCUCCCCUGGCUCCAUCAGUCCCAGCCUCCCACCCCCGCCCAACCAGCUGAUCAAGACCCCCAUGGAGUCCUUCUCCUCUUCCUCCUCUUCCUCUUCCUCCUCCUCAUCCUCGUUCAGCAGCCAGGACUCCAUGGAUAAGGCGCAGAUGGAAGCCGACUGCAUGGGCGACGCCUUAAUGCCGAUGGACACGGACCAGCGCAAGAUCAAGCAGGAGGAGGCGGAGGAGAGGGGCGCAGGUGGGAAGAAGCCCGCGGGCCGCAAGAAUAUGUACCCCUGCCGCUUCUGCGACCAGGUCUUCGCCUUCUCCGGGGUCCUGCAGGCCCACAUGCGCUACCACCUGGGCAUCUCGCCCUACCAGUGCAACAUCUGCGACUACGUGGCCCCCGACAAGGCCACGCUGAUCCGCCACCUGCGUACCCACAGCGGGGAGCGGCCCUACGUCUGCCGCGUCUGCCACUACCCCUUCACCGUCAAGGCCAACUGCGAACGGCACCUCCGCAAGAAGCACAUGAAGAACACCCGCAAGGAGAUCGAGAAGAACAUCGAGUACGUGACCUCAGCCGCUGGCACCCUGGACCUGCUGGAGUCGGCCAGCGCCGGAGAGGCCACCUGCCGCUACUGCGGGGAGGACCUGAAGACCUACCGUGCCCUGCAGAUCCACCUUCGCACCCACAAUGGCUGCCAGCGCAAGCCCUUCGAGUGCCGCCGGUGCGGGGCGGCCUUCCUGGCCAAGAGGAACUGCAUUCACCACCUGCUCAAGCAGCACCCUGAGGUGCAGGAGUGGGAGAUGGAGGACCAUAUCGCCACUCUGCAGCCAGCCAGCACCGCAGGGUCGAGGACCGGCCCCCUCCCUCAGAACGGACUGCCCCCCGUUAAGGUGGAGGAUGUGAGCUGCUACGCAGCCGACCUGGACCAGCCCCUGGACUUCUCCAGCAAGAGCCGCGGGGGCGGAGGCACAGGGGGCUCAUCCGGUAUCAAGCUGGAGGGAGCCCAUUCUGCCCAGCUGUCCCCCUACAACUGUUCCAUGGAGCCGAUGGACUUGUCCCUGCCCAAGAAACCGAAGAGAGAAGCUCCACCCCUCCUUCAAGCUGCGAAGGAGAUAAAGGUGGAGCAGCCCGCUCCCAGCAGUGUGGACCUCCCUCACCCCCUGGCUAUCCUUGGCAAAGACAAGAGCGAGAAACCCGCAGAGGAGAAGCCCCAGCGGCCAGCAUCGUUCCAGCUGUCCCUCCCCGCAGCCUCCCCUCUCAGCAGUGCCCCCUCUGCUGCGGCCCGGUCCCAGAGGCUGAAGCCGCUGUUGCCCAAACCUGCCUCUGCGACCCUCAAGGAGCUCCCUCCGCUGGCCUCCAUCGCCCAGAUCAUCUCCUCAGUCUCCGCUGCUCCAGACCUGCUGAAGAGGGAGAACAAUCCCAGCAGCCUCUGCAGGGCGCCCGCCACCGAAAAGACUGUGAACCUCAAAGGCCCCGUGGUGGACUCAAACCCUCCCAGUCCCGAGGACAACCUCGACGGAUCCGGGGAAGAUCCCCCUCCAGACGGCUCCAAGAAGAGAGCCAGCAAGAGGCCCUCCCGUUGCAAGGAGCGGCCAAACUGCGGCCUCGCCAGCGUUGGCGAAGGGAUUGACCUGGAGUCCAGCGGGGAAUUCGCCAGCGUGGAAAAGAUGCUGGCCACGACCGACCCCAACAAGUUCAGCCCCUACCUGCAGCCCAGCCCACCAAUGUCCCUGAAGGAAGAGAUGACUGACGCCGGCCCCAGCGAAGACGAGAAGGAGGCCCAGGAUGACCGGCAGCACCAGCCACAGGCCAAGGGGAAGAAGAACGCAUACUCCAACUCCCUGCAGAAGAUGACCUGCCCCUUCUGCCCCCGCGUCUUCCCCUGGGCCAGCUCUCUGCAGCGACACAUGCUAACACACACCGGUCAGAAGCCUUACCCCUGUCCCAAAUGUGAGGCCUUCUUUUCCACCAAGUCCAACUGCGAGCGUCACCUGCUGCGAAAGCACGGCGUAGCCAAUCGCACGCUGCGUCGCAAUGGCGCCAUACCGAAGGCCAAGGAUGCAGAUGAGGGGUCGCGGGAGAGUGCGGAGAGCAUGUCUGAGACUGAGCUCCUGGCAGGAGAGGCCCAGAACGCUAAUGCCAGCGAACCUGAGAGGAAGCCAGCCACACCCGCCCCCAAGGAGCAGACAGAACCAGUCCCACUGGAGCAGCUGGGCCACCAGGGGGAGACACCGAGCCAAGCAGGCCAAGCUGGGGCGGAGCCCGCAGAGAACAACAACGAGGAUGACGACUCGCAGAGCAACAGGAGCCUGGACCUCGACUUUGCCAGCAAGCUGAUGGACUUCAAGUUCUCCGAGGGCGACCAGCAGCAGCCGACAGCAGGGGGCAGCGUGGCGCCCGCCAGCACUGCCACUCCAGAGUCCAAGCACACCUGCAGGACCUGCAAGAAGAGGUUCCGCUACGCCACCACCCUGGCCCGCCACGAGAGGGCGCACCUCCCAGAGGGCUCGGUGGACCCGGUCCGGAAGGUGACGCGGCGGUCGGCGGAGGCCAGCCGGGCCCAGGGCCCCGCCGCUGAGGAGGAGCCCGAGGACGAACAGCAGGAGGAGGAGGAGCAGGAGGAGAAGAAGGGGGCGGACAGCGAGGGGAACGCCAGCGGGGCGGACAGCAGCACGGAAGAAGAGAAGGAGAAGGAGGAGAAGAGCGACGAGGAGGGCGGGGCCUCGGAACCAAAGGGCGGCGGCGGUGCUGGGAGCAAGGCGGACAAGAGGAAGAAGAUCUGCAACGUGUGCAGCAAGCGCUUCUGGUCUCUGCAGGACCUCACCAGACACAUGCGCUCUCACACAGGUGAGAGGCCUUACAAGUGCCCGACGUGUGAGCGGACCUUCACCCUGAAGCACAGCCUGGUGCGACACCAGCGCAUCCACCAGAAACCCCAGGAGGCUGAGGGGGACGCAGAGGAGGAGGGGGACGGGGCGGACCCGGUGGGCGAGGCCGCCAACGGGACCGGCGACGAGGAGGGAGCCAGGGGCCGCUCAGCCAGCGAGAGCGAAUCGGCCCCCGGCAGCACCAACCCAGCCUCGGAGAACGACAACGACAGCGAGGCCACGGCCGGCUCCAAGGAGGAGGAGGAGGAGGAGAAGGAAGAGGAGGAAGAGGAGGCCCAAACCACGGAGCAGGCCGGGAGCCCGGAGCAGGAGCCUCCUAAGAUGCAGUCACCAGCACCGUUGGCGGAAUCGGCCUCGGAGCCUCCGACGGAACCGUCUCCGGAACCUUCCGCGGACCCCGCCUCGGCCGGCAAGGGCAAAUCCUCAGACGGCUACAUCCAGGGCCUGCUGGAGAUCCGUACCCAGCCCUCCCUGGAGCACAGCCUGCCUGCCGCUGAAGCCCCCAUGGUGGGGGUGGAGUGAAGGAUGGAGCCCCCCCACACUGUGCCCCAGUGUGCCAUAUCACACUCACCUUUCCAAUGCGACUGCACAAACCGCAGGAGUGAAGACCGACCCGUUUCCCCGUGCCUUACUACUUUCUUUCUUAUAGAUAUUUGUAUCAAGUUACAUUUAUUGGAAAAUAUCUUUUUUUUAAUUGCAUUUUAUGAUGAUUAUAUUUUUGAUCUUUAUAGAAAUUAAAUUGAAAUUAUAAAGCAUUAAAUGAAUGAUUUAAAGAUACCUAUUUGUAUGAUUAACUGAGAGAAAAAUAUAAGUAUGUAUUUAAACCGCAGUUGUACUUAAAUCUGCAGAGGCUAAUAUGGUGGUUCGUGAUUAUGGUGCGGGAGGUUAAGGCUUGAAAAUGAUAGCAUAACUGGAAAUCACAACACAGAUACCCAACACGGAGGCAUCCAAAGUGGUGCCUGUGUUUUUCUCCUUUUUUUCUGGCAGAAAUUCUUGUGUCAACAAAUAAAGUGUGAAACUUUUCUUUGAAAUUCUUUCGGAACUAAAUUAGUUCUGAGGUAGUUUAUCGGUGGAAGAGAAAGUUGCAAAAGCCUCCGAAAGAAUUAAGGUAGUCCUAUGUGUGUUGUGAUUAUUCUCUUAUCAGAGAGAAAUGGGCAAUAUUUGCCUUAUAGUGUUUUAUUUCUAAUUCUGAACCGUGCUUAACAACCAUCUUCCAGCUAAGGUGAGCCUGCAUGGUAUUAGGGAGAGGGUGGAGGAAAUUAGUGUUUUUGAAAACUUACUGGCUUAGACAAAGGGGCCUGGUUGAUUUGGCUAGGACAUAAGGGCCUACCGACCAGCGACCCCUCCCUCCAUGGCUCUUUGAGCUCCUCAGCAGGGCCCACAUCUCCACGGAAACCAGGAGGGACGUCAAGUUCCUGAUGCAAAGCAAUACAAUCAAUCUUGAGCAACUCUCCCAAACGUUGGCGGAGUGGCCCUCAAAACCUUGAAGAUGUCUUCCAGAACAUUUGUAUCUAAGUAAAGCCUUACUCUGUGACUCUUUUGGUUUUCAGAGCAGGAUUCUCAGCACAUUCUCUCUUUGUCUGGUGGAACACUACUCCACGGGGUUUUAAAUGGCAUACUUGAACUGAAGUCACCCUAAAGUAUCUUGUUCACGCGUGGCAACCUUCUCACCCAUUGCCUUCCAGAAUACGCCACGGGCAGGGGUGUCGAGAGAAGAAUCGGAAGACCGUCUGCAGGGCUUUUUUAAAAUUAUUUUUGUUGUAUGUACUCUUUUAAAAAGGAACCUCAGAAAUAAACAAGUAAACCUCAAGGCACGGAAGACUGUGUCUCCAAAUCUAAUGUUGGAUGGAGAGUGGAGGAUUACCAUUGACAUAAAGGAAAGCAGAAGGCGUUUCACACGACGGUCAGCAGCGUCUGGACAGAUGACCUCAGAUCUGGCACCAACCAAAAAGUUAGAAAGCAAAAAAAACAAGUGGGAUUACAACUAAAACGGCAGAAUGAAAAGCAAUCAGCAAAGACGAAAUGGAAGCGAUAAACUGAAGCAAGUGUUUGAGCUGUGAGCAAAAACGCAAUAUCAAGGAUGAACAAUGCGGAGGGGGUGUGGUUAGAUAACAGGUGAUGGGGAAGUUGGCCCCUGACUGGGCACAAGUCCACACUCUACACCAAGCAUUCGUCAUGCCUUGUGAGGCACAGGGCGUGGCAGUGACCUGGAUGGUAAUGUGCAAUGAUAUACGCUCAAGACUGUAUUUUGGUAAAAGAAUAACAUUAUGAAACCUAGCUUUCCUUUCCAUUUUCUUGUAUGCAUGUGUGGAUGCGUGCGUGCGUGCGUGCGUGCGUGCGUGCGUGCGUGCGUGCGUGCGUGCGUGCGUGCGUGCGUGCGUGCGUGCGUGCGUGCGUGCGUGCGUGCGUGCGUGCGUGCGUGCGUGCGUGCGUGCGUGCGUGCGUGCGUGCGUGCGUGCGUGCGUGCGUGCGUGCGUGCGUGCGUGUGUGUGUAGCUAUGGGAACCCAUAAAUACAACACACUAGUUUUAAUAUUUAUUGAGAACCCAGAGUGUGGUGAGGUUACUUGAGGAGAAGCCAUGUAUUAUCACAUUUAUGCUGCAGAGAACAAGGAUUCAAAUAUAAGAAAUCGUCUCCCAGCGUCGACCUGGGACUACCAUUAGCAAUAAUCACUAUUGAUUCUAAAGCUUUAUGUAGAUCUUUAUAUGUUUGUAGACUGUGUGGUCUAUUUUGUUAUGAUUAGUUUGAGAAAUUAAUUUUUGUUUCCUCCUAUAUAUAUAAAUGCAUAUAAAACUGUGAAAUUCAUUAUGUGUUCAGCUAAGGGUGAAUCUUAGGCUAGUUUUGCAUGUUAAUCUAAUUUGUUCAUUUUUCUCGCUCUCAGGGCUUUUACAGAAUGCAUAUUCAAUAUUGUUUUCCUUUUGUUCCUGAGUUGCAAAAAAAAACAAAAAAAAACAAACUUUUCUUCAAAUUCUAAAUUUCUACAAGGAAAAAUAAAAUACCAAUCACUACAUUUAGCACUUCACUGUGAAUUCAAAUAAUCAGAGAGAACUCAUUCAUUCCCUUUAGGCAGACUGCUCCUUCACUGAUUGGUUUAGCUGCAUUUCAGUUGUGCCCAAUGACGAGGCCUGUUUCUGUUUUUAUGUUUAUUUUCCUCCUCUUUCUCUCAAUGCCAGAAGGAAUGUUUGACUGAGUUAACGGAUGAAAUGGCCGCCUGUAUCACUGUUGAAGUUGUGUGACUUGCUGUUAAAGGGAACUGCUGCUACACCCACAGUGGACAGGUAACAGACCUGGAUUAGAACAACUGAGUGUUUGGUACUCUACUCCUUUGUAUUACUGUGCUUCAGAUUGAGACAUGUAAGCUGUUCUGUAUUGAUACAAUUUAAGCAAUAAAGAUAUAUUAAGGAAGGGUGUGAA